UGGCGAUGCGCUAAACCCCUAAAAGCCCAUCGCACCUCGGUCUAUAUAUAUGGGCGCCUAAAACCCUAAUGUUCCAUCCAUCCAUCCAUCCCUUUCGACCGCUAACAUCCACAGUGUCUCAAAGUCGAUUAUCUCAGACAGGGAUUUGGGUUCUGUUUUAGCUGGAAUUUUGUUGGCUAUAAUGUCGAAUCCCAAGGUGUUCUUUGACAUUCUGAUUGGAAAGAUGAAAGCUGGUAGAGUUGUAAUGGAAUUAUUUGCUGAUGUUACCCCAAAAACUGCUGAAAACUUCCGUGCUCUCUGCACUGGAGAAAAAGGAAUUGGGAUGUCUGGGAAGCCCCUUCACUACAAGGGCUCUGCAUUUCACCGUAUAAUAACCAAUUUCAUGUGUCAAGGUGGGGAUUUCACAAGGGGUAAUGGCACUGGAGGAGAAUCAAUCUAUGGUCAGAAGUUUGCAGAUGAGAACUUCAAGAUGAAGCACACAGGACCUGGUAUCCUUUCCAUGGCUAAUGCUGGACCAAAUACAAAUGGAUCCCAGUUCUUUAUUUGCACUGAGAAGACCUCAUGGCUUGAUGGUAAACAUGUUGUAUUUGGUAAAGUGGUGGAUGGUUACACAGUGGUUAAGGAGAUGGAGAAAGUGGGCUCUGAUAGUGGAAGUACUUCACAGAGAGUUGUAAUUGAAGAUUGCGGCCAGUUACCUGAUAAUUGAUUAUGUGUAGUGCGCCUAUAAAUUGUUAGCUUUCUUUUUGGGGCCACGGACCUAAAUCCUAAACGUUGUUCUUCUGUAAUUGAGAUAAUGUUCAUCUAUUUGAAAGAAAAAAACAACUUAUGAUGAUUCCAUUUUUAACUCGUGCAGGACAUUUUUAACUGGUAAUC